AAAUCCUCGUGAGACAUCUUCUUUACUCAACCGCCCCUUAUUAUUCUUCCCCUUCCACAUCUAUCCAUUUCUUUUUUCUCUUCGCCCUUUUUAAUCUUCAUUUUCAUUUUAACUCUCUCUCUCUCCCCUCUCUCACAGAAGAAAAAAACAGGAAAAUAUAUAUAUAUGGCGGAUCAUCAAAGAGACGGAGCAGAAAACUACUUCCCCUUCCAUCAAAACAAGGAAGUAACAGGAGGAGGAAGUGGGAAUAGAUAUGGAGGACUUACCCCAAGAAAGAAGCCAUUGAUUUCAAAGGAUCAUGAACGUGCUUUCUUUGAUUCCGCAGACUGGGCCUUGUGCAAGCAAGGAGCAGGACUCUAUAACAACAUCGCACUUGAAAAACUACAGCCUAAACUUCAGAGGACCCCAAGGCCACAGCUUCCACCGAGAAGGCCAGUCUGUACAUCCGAUAAGGGCAAUAUCGUAGAAGUAAUAGAGAAUUAAAAGGAUAUUGUGAAGAAAUUAUCUAAAAGGAAAAGGUCUAUGGAAGGGUUCAUUUAAUUGUGCAAUUUUUAGCAGCUAAAUUAAUUAUUCCAAGACCACUUUUCUUUUCUCUUUCUUUUUCUUUUUGUUAAUUUUAAAUGAAGAUUGUUGAAAUUAUUU